GGAGCCAUUCCAAGGGCCGGACAUUUGCGUCGGGAUCUCCAGCCGAAAGGGCAAGCGCGGCAGCAUGGACCCGCUUCCCUGCCAGGAUUGCUACAGCCUGACAAAGUUCGCGAGCGAGGUUCUCUACGUUGUUUGCGAUGGGCACGGCCCCUUUGGCCAGCUGGCGGCCUUCAGGGUAGCGCAAAGCUUGCCACACUGCUGGCAGCGCCUUGGGACCGCUGAGCCGGAAGCCCUGGUGUUGGCCUUUCGGGGCGCCAGCGCAGACCUGGUCACCUGGGCGGAAGCCGAAGCCAUCGAUAUCUCUUCGUCUGGGUGCACUUGCAGCGUCGCCUUGCGCCAAGGCUCCGAGGUGCAGGUGGCGUGGCUGGGCGACUCACGUGCAAUGGUGGCGACUGUCUCCGAGACGGCUAAGGUGGACUUGGUAACUACGCCCCACAACACCGAGGACGUGAAGGAAAUGCAACGUGUUCGGAAUGCCGGGGCCAAGCUCAUCCAGGUUCCACCGAACUCGGGCCAUGUCCGCAUCUUCACUCCAGGCGAGCGCACCCCUGGGCUUUUUGCCACCCGAGCGCUUGGAGACACCUCUGGCCAGGCUCUCGGCAUCUCUUGGCAGCCGCACAUCUGCAAAAUGUCGUUUGCGAGGACUCCUGGCUUGGUGAUGCUGGGGUCUGGUGGUCUGUGGGAGAUUUUGGACGAUCGGGCUGGGCCUGGCUCUGAAGCCUUGCAACUGUUGCUGGGGCCUUGCCGCCUCCAAGAGUGCGGCGCCUGUCUUGCGGCAAGCCAGUUUAGCGAGGAGGUGCAGUCCAAGUGGUCACAGGCAGCAGAUGGAUGCAGCGACGAUGUGUCUUGCAUUUUGCUGCACUGGCGCAAGGCCGCCCAAGCGCAAGGCCCGGCGCCCUUGACAGCCCAAACACAAGGCCCGGAGCCCUUGACAGCCCAAACACAAGGCCCGGCGCCCUUGGCAGCUCAAGCACAAGGCCCAGAGCCGUUGACAGCCCAAACACAAGGCCCGGAGCCCUUGACAGCCCAAACACAAGGCCCGGCGCCCUUGGCAGCUCAAGCACAAGGCCCAGAGCCGUUGACAGCCCAAACACAAGGCCCGGCGCCCUUGGCAGCUCAAGCACAAGGCCCGGCGCCCUUGGCAGCCCAAGCACAAGGCCCGGCACGGGUAUCCGUGGGAGAGGCUGCUGGGCCGCACAUUUCACUUGGAGGCCCUCGCCCGAAGGGUAUAUCCUUGGCAUCCUGGGCAGUUCCACCCGUGGCUGCGCGGGAUUGGCUUCCCACAAGGCCUGGGGGCACAUCAGAACGACUUGAUCUGGACCCCCAGGCGUGCUUGGCUCCGACACCGCCACAGCCUUCUUCGCCUCAGUCACAGGUUGCUCCGGGCUUCUUCUGCCCCAAGUGCGGCACUCCCAACAAGCUGGCGGCCCGCUUCUGCCGCCACUGCGGCCACAAGCGCCCGGAGCCGAAGGACCCGAGGGAGCCGAAGGACCCGAGGGAGCCGAAGGACCCGAGGGAGCCGAAGGAGCCGAGGGAGCCGAGGGCCAAGGCGGCCAGCGCGCUGGAACGGUAUGCCAUGGCAUCGGGUGCUAUGGCCAGGCCAGCAACCACAACCCCAACACCACAGUUUGCUCCAGUCAGCUCAACUUGACAGCCUUUGCUCGCAUCCUUGACAAGAUACAAGGCAGACGAUGUGGCAGGUGUCACAUGGAUUCAGUGCCAAUGCCCACCGCGCUCAAAUGCGCUCAUGCGUAUGCUAGCUCAAAGCCACCUAGCUGCGAGAUCGGCUUAGCUCGAUGAAUUUGCAUUCAAUCAGGAGGCCAAAGUGCCCUGCAAACGUGCAUC